AUGCAAGACAAUCUAAAUCAAACAGCUUCCUUCUUUCAUCAUCCUAAACUCAAAAUACCAAAACUUAAAUGUACAUAUGAACUUAUUUGUUCCCCUGAUCUCGAAAUACCUACUUUUAGUAAAAAAGAUGAUUCAUAUCAACAUUAAUCAUUAUUUAAACAAUGUUAAAGGAGAAAUAGCUAAACGAAUAUUACUCAAAAUCAAUUAUCAAAUUUAUUCCAAUCCAUACCACUUAAAAAAGCUAAUUCAGAUUCUAAAACUAAUCCUAAAGUACCAUCACUUAAGAUACACUAAAAAUCACUACUUUAGAAACUUUCAGACUAUAAAUCAACCAGUUAACAUUCAACUACUCUACUCAGAGGAAGACGGAACAUCAAAAUACUACAAAAUCCUUUUAUUACAGACUCUCGUCAUUCUCAAAAAUCCACUUGUACUCCUGAAAGCCAACCACCACAACCAAAAGGAAAACCAUUCUUAUAAAGAAAAGCAUAAAUUCAAAUGGUCAAUAGAGUAUUCUCUUCCAUGUCCUAACAUUAAUGA